AUUACGUAUAUAAGGGGGGAAAAGAAUAUAAAUCGAUUUAAUUAUUUAUUAAUAUUAUUUAUUUUAUCAAUAUUAUUAAUAGUAAUUAGGCCAAAUGUUGUUAGGAUUUUAAUUGGGUGAGAUGGCUUAGGGAUGGUAUCUUAUUGUUUAGUAAUUUAUUAUCAUAAUUAUAUAUCUUAUAAUUCUGGGAUAGUUACAGUUUUAUGUAACCGAAUUGGGGAUGUAGGGAUUUUAAUAGCUAUUAGGAUAAUAAUGAUAGUUGGGAGGUGGGAUUUAGUAAUAUUUAAUAGGGGAUUGGGGUUAAUAUUGAUAAUUAUGUUAGCUGCGAUUACUAAAAGAGCUCAGAUACCAUUUUCUGUGUGGCUACCUUUGGCAAUAGCUGCUCCUACACCUGUCUCGGCUUUAGUACAUUCAUCUACAUUAGUAACUGCUGGGGUAUAUUUAAUAAUUCGAUUUAAUAAUUUUUUAAUAGAGACAGAAGUUAGGGUGAUUUUAAGUUUUAUUUCUAUUCUUACAAUAUUUAUAUCAGGACUUAUAGCUAAUUUUGAGAAUGAUUUUAAGAAAAUUAUUGCGUUGUCUACUUUAAGGCAGUUAGGUUUAAUAAUGAUAGUUUUAAGAUUUGGAUAUAGAAUAAUAGCUUAUUAUCAUUUAUUAGUUCAUGCGAUUUUUAAAUCUAUAUUAUUUAUGGCUGCUGGGGCAGUUAUUCAUUUAAUAAAGAAUACUCAAGAUAUUCGAUUAUUAGGUAACUUAAAUGAGGUAAUUCCUUAUGUAAUAAUAAGGUUAAUAAUUUCUAGAAUAGCUUUGAGGGGGAUACCAUUUAUGGCUGGAUUUUAUAGAAAAGAUUUAAUUAUAGAAAUUAUUUAUAGGAGGAAAUUAAAUUUAUUUAUGUUAAUAUUGAUGAUUAUAUCAUUGUCAUUAACAGUAUCAUAUUCAUUGCGAUUUUUUUAUUAUAUAUUUUUUAAUAGAAGAUUUAAAUUUUAUAGGUAUGUGUAUAUUAAGGAAGAUAAAAUAAUUAAUAUUUCGAUAGUUUUUAUAAUGUUAUUAAGAGUGAUAGUAGGAUCUGUAAUUAAUUGAAUUUUUUAUUUUGAUUAUUAUAUAGUUUAUCUACCUUUAUUAGAAAAAUUAGUUACUUUAAUAAGAUGUAUGAUUGGGAUUUUAAUAAUAGUAAUAGUAAUUAUAAUAGGAAAAAUUUUUAAGUUAUAUUAUUAUAUAUAUUUUUUUAGUUCUAUAUGAUUUUUAGUAAGGCUAUAUACAGUGGUUUAUAAGCCGGUUAAUGUUUAUGGGGUAUGAAUUUCAGAUAUUGAUAAGAGUUGAGUAGAGUUUGUAAGAAAAAUUUUUAUUAUAAAGUUUAUGUGGAAAAAAUUUAAUUAUAUUCAUUAUAAGUUAUAUAUAUUUGUAUUUAUUUUUGUUUAUUUUAGAGUAAUAAUGUUUAUAUUUAUCUAA